AGAAAAUUGAUAACAAUAACCUUGAAUUUUAUAUUCAAUUUUCGUGGAGAUAACAUUCUGAUUCAAAUACCCUCUUCAAACCAGAACUACCCAAAAGCGAUCUUAUGAUUAAAAUUCACAUACUAACCAGAUUCCUUUAAAAUGCAGAACGUUUUUAACAAUUUAAAAGGCACUGCUUUAGGUGUGGCCGAGUAUUUAACACCUGUGCUGAAGGAAUCUAAAUUCAAAGAAACUGGUGUUAUUACUCCUGAAGAGUUUGUGGCUGCUGGCGAUCAUUUAGUACAUCAUUGUCCUACUUGGCAAUGGUCAGCUGGGGAUGAAUCUAAAGUUAAGCCAUACUUACCUAAAGAUAAACAAUUUCUGAUCACUAGAAAUGUUCCAUGCUCCCGAAGAUAUGAACAUAUGCAAUAUUCCGAUGAUUUAGAAAGAGUUAUAGAAUCUAAUGACGCGGAUAAUGGAUGGGUAGAUACUCAUCAUUAUGGUCAGAAUUCCGGAAUAGAGGAUAAAGUUUCUGAAAUGACUCUAGAAUCUAAGAGUUCAGAAAUGACUGAUUCCUUACUAGAAAAUCUUGAUAAAGAUGAAAAUAAUGAUGGUCAUGAAGAUGAGGAUGAAGAAGCUGAAGAUAUGGAAGCAUUCGAAGAGAGUGGAAUGUUGGAUGAUCAGCAGGUUGCAAGAGUGAUAGAGCAACCUACUAUUGUAAAAAAAGGAUCACAGGAAGAAGGUGAAAUUAUCCAUACUCGUACCUAUGAUCUUCACAUAACUUAUGACAAAUAUUAUCAAACACCAAGACUUUGGUUAACGGGUUAUGAUGAGAAACAAAAACCAUUAACUGUAGAAGAGCUCUACCAAGAUAUCAGCUCCGAUUAUGCCAUGAAAACUGUUACUAUGGAAGUUCAUCCACACUUGAGUGUACCGAAAAUGGCUUCUGUGCACCCUUGCAGGCAUGCCGACGUUAUGAAGAAUAUUAUAGCCACCGUUACGGAAGGAGGAGGAGAGUUAGGUGUUCAUAUGUAUCUAAUAAUAUUCUUGAAAUUCAUGCAAUCUGUUAUUCCAACAAUAGAAUACGAUUUCACCCAAAAUUUUUCCAUGUGAAUCGACCAGAAACACAAUUGGAACAUUUACUUCACUGAAUAUGUACGCUUAAUGGUAUGAAAAUUAUUAUUAUUUAUUUUGUUUAUCUGCUAUGGCAACUUUAGUGUUAUCUACAAAAGGCUGAAUGUGAACGAACUUUAUGAAUUUCAUAAUAAAUCAAUGUUUUUACUGAAAGUUGUGAAAUAAAGUUGAAUUUUACUUUU